UGAACCAGGGCCAUCUGUGUGGGAUUCAACGCUGUUAGAUUUCUCAGCUUACGUUUCCUUCAUCGGACUUUCAAUCUCAUCGUUUCACCACCUGGUACCAGACUGCAGCUAGCAUCAUGAAGUUUCCAGUGGUAAUUACUGUAGUUUUGGCAUCGUUAGCUCUAACUGUCGACGCUAGGGUUUACUUCAAGGAACAGUUUCUGGAUGGAGAUGGAUGGAAGAGCCGUUGGGUCGAGUCAAAACAUAAAUCAAAUUAUGGACAGUGGAAACUGAGCGCUGGAAAAUUUUAUGGGGAUGCUGAAGCUGAUAAAGGUAUCCAGACCAGCCAGGAUGCCCACUUUUAUGCCCUGUCAGCCCGCUUUGAGCCAUUUAGCAACGAGGGAAAGCCCCUGGUCAUCCAGUUCACCGUCAAGCAUGAGCAGAAGAUAGACUGUGGAGGUGGUUAUGUCAAGCUCUUCCCCGAUGUUCUUGACCAGAGUGACAUGCAUGGAGACUCCCAGUAUUACAUCAUGUUUGGGCCUGACAUUUGUGGAUACAGCACAAAAAAGGUUCAUGUGAUAAUUAACUACAAGGGCGAGAACCAUCUUAUCAAGAAAGACAUCAAAUGCAAGGAUGAUGAGCUGACCCACUUGUACACACUGAUCGUGAAUCCAGACCAGACAUAUGAGGUGAAGAUCGACAAUGAGAAGGUAGAGUCUGGCUCCUUUGAGGACGACUGGGACAUGCUGCCCUUAAAGAAGAUCAAGGACCCCGAAGCUAAGAAGCCAAGCGACUGGGAUGACAGGGCUAAGAUUGACGAUCCCAGUGACACAAAGCCUGAAGACUGGGACAAGCCAGAGACGAUCCCUGACCCUGAUGCUAAGAAGCCUGAUGACUGGGACGAGGACAUGGAUGGAGAGUGGGAGCCCCCCAUGAUCGCCAAUCCAGAGUAUAAAGGGGAAUGGAAACCCAAGCAAAUUGACAACCCUGACUACAAGGGAACAUGGGUCCACCCUGAGAUAGACAACCCAGAGUACACUCAUGAUGCUACUAUGUAUAAAUUUGACAACAUUGGAGUCCUGGGCCUGGAUCUGUGGCAGGUCAAAUCUGGAACCAUUUUUGACAACUUUCUGAUUACCGACGAUGUGAAAGAAGCAGAGGAAUUUGGAAAGGAAACCUGGGGAAAAACCAUGGGACCAGAGAAGAAAAUGAAGAAUGAUCAGGAAGAUAUGGAAAGGAAACUGAGGGAGGAAGAGGAGAAGGAGAAGAACAAGGAGGACACUGAAGGUGAUGAUGAGGAUGAUAAAGAGGAUGGUGAGGAGGAGGAGGGAGAGGAUGACGAGGAGCCAGAUGAUGAUGCUGGGAUAGAAGAGGACAAUAAUGCCAAACCAAAGGACGAGUUGUAAAGGAGUGAGGUCUGUGUGUGUGUGUUUGUGUGUGUGUGUGUGUUCCUCAGGUUCAAAUGACAGACCCACAGAAAAUUGGCUGAUGCCAUCUGGACUGUAGCUUUUCAUAUAGCAGCCUUUUAUUCAGGUGGGAUGUUUGAGGGAUGGGAGGUUUUUAUUGAUUUCCAUGCAUUUUUUUUUUCUCCAAACCAUCAAAUUGGAGAAGGGUUUGUUUAUGCUUGUGUUUGUGUGUUUGGUAUAUAUGUGGAUUUUCUGAUUUAAUGUGAUUUCUUUCUUUCUUUUUUUUUUCUUUUCCCCUUUGGAAAUCCCAUAACUUGAGCGUCUGUGAUGUCUGGUUGUGCACUUUGAUCUCUAUCAUACCAUGAUGUACGGUUUGUUUUCUGAGGUGAUCCUUUCGUAAAUUAUUCAAAUAUUACAUUUGUUCGUGGACAUGACAGUUCACCAAGUUUUUGAGUUUGUUCAUAAGUCCUCUGUGUGAUAUGUGUGCGCGUGUGUGCAUUCCCAAUGUUUUGAUUGAAUAUCUUCACUUUGUGAACACAGUUUUGAGUUAAUAAAUUGAAGCUUCUCAA